AUGACGACUCUCAUCCCCCGUGAGGCCUACUCCCCCGAGGAGCUGGCUCACCUCUAUCCCAAGAGCCUGAAGCUUCAAUUGGUCCAAGUGUUCCUUCGUCAUGGUGAACGGACGCCUGUUUCGUCUCGUUUUCAAAAUACUGGCUUGAGUCCUUACUGGCCGUAUUGUGGCGUUGCGAGGAAGAUGGUGCAAGCUGCUGCCUCCAAGCAGGAUAUGUCUACAUGGGACGGUUUCCAAUGGCGCCGGAAAAUGGAGGCAUUUGGACACAAUGACGAGGCCAUCAUUGCGGCAGGGCCGGGAGGCGAGAUCGAAGCUAUUUGUAAUCAUGGUGAACUUACAGACAAGGGCCGCGAAACUACGUACGCGCUGGGUACCCGUCUGCGCCACCUUUACAUAGACCAGCUUGGCUUUAUGCCCAAGAUCAAGACUGACAGUGAGGAUAUGUAUCUUCGUGCGACACCUAUUCCCCGUGCGCUUGAGUCUCUGCAGCAAGCUUUCUGGGGCAUGUACCCGCCGAGUGCGCGUACUUUGGACUUCCCACCGCCUAUAAUCGUGGCCCGCGCUGUGUCCGAGGAGACAUUAUUCCCCAAUGAGGGUAACUGUCGGCGCUUCAGACAGCUGGCCCGUCUGUUUGCCGAUCGGGCCGCUGAGCGUUGGAAUGAUUCGGAACAGAUGGCAUACUUGAACAAGAUCUGGUCCAAGUACAUGCCUGAGACUUCGCCCAAGGUUGCCGUUGAUGCUCACCCCCGUCUCUCGGGUAUCAUGGACACCGUCAACGCAACCGAUGCCCAUGGCCCUUCCACCAAGCUCCCUUCUGACUUCUAUGACAAGAAGGGUCGCGCCAUUAUGGAUCGUAUCGCGGUGGAGGAGUGGUUUGCCGGAUACAACGAGAGCGCCGAGUACCGCAAGCUAGGUAUUGGUGCCCUAAUGGGCGACGUGACCGACCGCAUGGUCAGCACCGCAGUAGAGGGCGGCUGGCGCAGUGAGAGCUCUGCAUCUGGUUCUGGCAAACCCGAAGAAGGCAAGGCAAUCAAGUUCGCCAUGAGUGGAUGCCACGACACCACUCUCGCGGCUAUCCUUUCUAGUGUUGGUGGUUUCCAGGACGAGAAAUGGCCCCCAUUCACCUCCUCCGUUGCCAUUGAGCUCUUCUCACAGACCCAGAGCAAUGCUGCUGAUGCUGGCACCAUUCUUGAGGAAUUCUCAAACCCAUCCGCGACUAAGAAGGCGGGAGGUCUUCUCGGAUCUAUAUUUGGCGGCAAGUCUGCGCUCGAGCAACCGGCGCCCUCCGCAACUGCACGGGCUGAAAUUCAGUCCUUCCCCGAGGAGUCACGCGAGUCUUUGCGCAAGCAUUACGUCCGCAUCCGCUACAACGACCGCCCGGUGACCAUCCCUGGUUGCGCGGCCAAGCCCGAUAAUCACCUUCCUGGCGACCAGACUUUCUGCACGCUUGAUGCGUUUAAGUCGAUCGUUGACAAGUUCACCCCGAAGAGCUGGAGUGUCGAGUGUACGGAGAACCUCGGCGAGGGCCUGCAUGGCCCCAACAACCGGGAUUUUUCCCCGGCCGGGUUUUAG